GUGCUGCCUCUAGCAUUCUCUCCUCUGACUGUUCAGCAGCCAGUCUCAUCUCUUUUCUCUGCAGUGGCAAAGGAUACCCACCCACUUAGAGAAAAUCCUUAUCUAAACUCCCAAUUUGCCCCCACCCACAGUCUACCCCUAUUCCUCAUCACCCCUUCUUCUGCCUUUUCCUCUGAUCCCACCAGCAUGGCUGAGACCACCAAAACCCAUGUUAUCCUGCUGGCCUGCGGCAGCUUCAAUCCCAUCACAAAAGGACAUAUCCAGAUGUUUGAGAGAGCGCGAGAUUACCUGCACAAGACUGGAAAGUUUAUUGUAAUUGGAGGAAUUAUCUCUCCUGUGCACGACUCAUAUGGCAAGCAGGGCCUGGUUUCAAGUCGGCAUCGUCUCAGCAUGUGUCAGCUGGCUGUGCAGAACUCAGACUGGAUUCGGGUAGACCCUUGGGAGUGCUACCAAGAUACUUGGCAAACAACAUGCAGUGUGUUGGAGCAUCACAGAGACCUCAUGAAGAGAGUAACUGGCUGUAUCUUGUCUAAUGUGAACACGCCUUCUGUCACACCUGUGAUUGGACAGUCUCAGAACCAAUCAACACAACCUGUCUACCAGAACAAUAAUCUCACCAACAAGCCCACUGCAGUAAGGUUUCUGGGGAAAGUUGGUGAAGGACUGAGUCGCAUGUGUUGUGUCCGCCCCAAUCUGCAGCGUGUUACAUUUGUAGAUGAGAAUGCUAAUUUGGGCACGGUGAUGAGGUAUGAAGAAAUAGAGCUACGGAUCUUGCUCCUGUGUGGUAGUGACCUGCUUGAGUCAUUUUGUAUCCCUGGCCUCUGGAAUGAGUCGGAUAUGGAGGUGAUCGUGGGUGACUUUGGCAUUGUGGUCGUGCCACGUGAUGCAACAGACACUGAGCAAAUCAUGAAUCACUCGUCUCUGCUCCGUAAAUACAAGAAUAACAUCCUUGUGAUUAAAGAUGAUACCAACCAUCCUAUGUCCCACGUGAGCUCCACUAAAAGCAGACUGGCCUUGCAGCAUGGAGAUGGACAUGUGGUGGAUUACCUAACACAACCCGUCAUUGACUAUGUCCUGAAAAGUCAGCUUUAUAUCAAUACAUCCGGUUGACUUUGUGUGUUCCAGCACGGGGCGUAGCUAUCUGCUACCUUCAUCAUCACAAUAAAAUGUGUUAUUACUCACUACUCACCACAAUCUCCUCACAGAUCAUAAUAUCUCGGUUACCCCACUCAUUACAGCCCUACUCACCUCUCUGCCUUACUCAUUUUCUUAAAGGGUACCUGUCACCUUAUUUUUAUGGAGGCAGCCAUCUGUUUCUGGGACCAACAUUUCAAAGAAUGCAGCUUCCUGGUUCACUUCCUGGUUCACUAGUAGCUUGUGACAUUACCAUGACAGAAGGUUCAAAGUGCUAAAGUAAUGUCCCUGGUUCCUAGUGAAUGUAUACACUGAAUAUUGGUUCAGUCUACAGAAUGGCUUUCAUCACUGAAUAUGAGUGACUGAUAUACUUUAAGACAUUCUCACUUCAAAGCCCAAGGUGAGAGAGCACUCGCUGUACUAGUGAAAAGAGUGCUUGCGGUAGUGUUGUUUUCUGGAGUGUUUAAGCAUAAAAGCUGUUGUAUACCGACUCUUCUGGGGGAGGGGGGGGUUUUGGGGAUAUCAGUUAACCCAUUGGGUGCCUUGCACAUCAUGCUACACUAAAUGGGUAUUUAUUCAUUCCCCACCUACUAUUUCGUUAUUUUGAUGAGGGUGUUAUUUAUAAAUCAUGUAUUAAUAUUUAGCAAUUCACAGUACCUCUUUUUCAACUGGGAUAAAGACCUCAUCCCUGUCUUCUCUCCAUCUCAAUUUUUAGAGGGUAGUGGUUAUCAGGAACUAGGAAACAUUUCUGCAUCACUUACAUAAGCAUUGUGCACACAGUUAGCAUGCCUUGCUGUGCUUCUAUCUUCAUGGCGUUAUCAUACUCUUUAUUAAACUUCCAGGAGGACAAGGCAUGUGUUUAUCCACAGUCUUACUUAAAAGCAAGGGUGUAGCUUUCAGAAUGACUCCUUCCUAAUUAAACAAAUGAACAAUAUAUUUCCUCAAUCAAAAAAUGCUUAUUAAACCAACACGUCAGCAUGGGGCUCAGUAAUGGGGGCAACAUAUGGCCCCUUAGUUUUAAGCAUUUCUGCUUUAAAGAAAAUUUCUACUUAAACUAUGAAUUUAUUAGUUAUGAUUAAUAUAUUUAGGAGGAGGCAAACACUGACCAAACACAGUUUAAGUUUAAUUGUGAAUUUUACUGCCAAAUAUGUAAUGUAAAGUAGAGAUAGUGGGGUUGAUUUACUAAAUAGACUGUGCACUUUUGCAAGUGCAGUUUCACUAAUUUUCCCCAGAGCUUAGUGAAUGUGGUGAAGCUCUGCUGAUUUCCAUCAUCUAAUUAUGUUCAAGCAAAAUUGCUCCCCUUUUUUUUGUGCUUGCACCCGAUUGUGAAAGCUUUACCACAUUCACUAAACUCUGGGGAAAGUGAGUGCAGUCUAUUUGCCUUUAGUAAAUCAACCCCAGUGAAUAUUUGUAUAUCUGCACCACUGACCUGUAAGAAGUGUAGUAGUGUGAAAAUAAAACACCCAGAUGAAGCUGCUUAGUUGUACACUUAUUAGGCAGAAGCAGGAGAUGGGCACUUAUAAUUUCUUUGUUUUCGUCAUUGCUAUAAGGGAAUAACCAGUGUUCACUUAUAAGUAUCUAAGCUGAUGUAGGUGUCUAAUAUUUAUAUUGUCCUACUGCUUUCUGCCAAAUUAGUUAUUUAAUAUUGGAGCACCUAUUACAUACCUAUUAAAUUUGAUGCAUUGUUCAAUGAAAAUCAUACAAUGCACAGAUAGCUUUAGGACCAGGUUACGUGUCAAUUAGCUUUGUAAUAUCUGCACAGAUUCAGGGCCUCAUUUUAUGCCCUCUCUGCGCCGAAAGCUCACUCUUGUCCGGUUCUGUCAGGUUAAAGCAGUAGGUAAGGUGAAGUGACCACUCUUGGAACAGAGCUUCAAAGUUAUAGAUUCAAAACUUUGAGUUAAGUCUACCCCCAUUACCUAUCCUCCAACAUAAAAUCAGAAGCUUUAGUCAGACAUUUUCUUUAAUGAAGUAUAUUUUCACAGGCUUUUUUCAAUUUUGUAAAGCAUCUAUAAUACAAUCUUAGUAGUUUUUGCUGUGCUUGCCUCAGCUCAUUAACUCCAGCUUUUGACGGUAAGCUCAAUAACCAGGUAACUAGCAUUUGCAAAAGGUCAGCAAUGGCAACCUCCAUGUUUCUCUCAUGACAGGUUUCCUUUAAACCUGUCUGUGCAGUUUAAUGUAUCUCUUUUUGACUCCUGGUGUUCAUGUUCAGUUGCAAAGCACCACAUAAACUAUACCUGAUUCCAUAAUAUCUGCUUUAAAAUGCAAGAAUUAAAUUUUAUAUGAAGCUUGCUCAUUGAUAACCAUGCUUCCAUCAAUCCAUUAUGCCAUGCUACCUUGGCUUUCCGUAUAGCAUGUGACAUUCUUAUAGCAAAGAUUUUAUUGUAUUAAAAUUCACAUUCGUCAUUCUGUACAUAACGUAAAGGUUGUGCCAUGGCAAAAAAAAGGAGGAGAGGAGUUUGUUGGAUAAAUCCCCCAGUGACUAAAGCAGCUGUGAAGACAAGUAGUGUUGCACCAGUUUAAGCUGUUCCGCUAACCACUCUGUAGAGAUGUAGCUUUUUAAGAAAAAAUAAAUAAAAAAAAAAGUCAUCUUGAUAGCAAGAUAGUCUAUUUUUCAAGUCCUAUAGAUCAUAUGGUGGGCAGAAGACACAAACAAUGAAAAUCAAAGAAAGACAAAUUGCGUUAUCAACGUUUUUUUUCCUGGGCUGAUACCUUAUAUAGACAUUGUGCCAGGUCUCCAUUUUUCUAGGCGCUAAUAAUAUCAAACAAGCAUGCAUGUGCUUUUCCACCCCAAACAAAUAUACAAUUUUCAGUCAUAUCGAUAGGUUGAAAUAUAGUGAACAGUAAUCAUUGCUCCAAGAGUAAGCAACCUGUGGGCAAUUUGAGCUGAUAAAGAGAUUUAGGCAAUUAAAAUAAUAUGCAAAUCUUGACUUUUCCUGUUAAAGUUAAUCUUACGCACACCCCUGUCAUCUGAUGUAUUAAAGAACAAAUUGUGGUGCUUGGAAGAAACUUGCAUAUUUAGUUGCCUGCAUCUGUGAACCUAAUAAUUGUUUUGACAUGGCGUUUUACUAAAGGUAACAGCAUUUAAAGAGACUACCACUUUGCCUAUUCAGUGUCUCUUGAUAGCUGACCCCAAGUAGAGUAUAUUCACCCAUCCUUGCUCCCUUGCCGAAUACCCCUGUUAAAAUCUUCACUCCGUUGCUAUCCCAAAGCAGGGUACGAGAAGCAAUGUGACCUCCCCCAUGUGUCUAAGCAGCCAAUGACCAGCCCUAAACACUACAUGGUGUCAUCCACCUGGGUAAGCUGCGACACCAUCUGACACCGGGGUUUACUUGAUGGAUUCCUGCAGAAGGCAGGCAUGGCAGUAAUGAGGAUUGAUGAGUAUACCUUGUUGUGGGGCUAUCAGGAAACACUUAUUUUCCCCUGAAUGGGCAGGUUACAGUCUCCCUUUAAUGCAUCUUCAGCAAAUAUUCAAUUUGAACUGUCCAGUUAACUUAAACCUUUAAAUUAUGCAUCAUAUAUCUUUAAAGUUCACUAACUAAUUAAUUGACCUGAAACCCUAUUAAUAACUUUUGUUAACACCAGUCUAUAUAAUGUAAUAUUUCUGGCCUACUUACAGAAGGCAACCUUAGGACUAGCAGUCUCUUAGCGCAGUAUAUGAAAAGCAUCUGGGCAACAUCAGAAGAAACCACUUUGUGUUAAGAGAUGAGAUUACAUCAAACACGUAACAAUGUUAAUAUAACAUAGUGCUGGGUCUUUGCUGAUUAGGAGGGGUUGAGUAAACCAUUCCUAGACUAGUGUAUUGGGUUUUGUUCAUUCUGUUGUUGCUGUUUUACCAAUAAAGAUUUUGCUUUGCUAGAAAA